UAACAAAUCAGAAAACGUCAGCAACUGCGAAGCAUGGUUAUGGUAAUCGGCAUUUGUUGAGCCAGUGAAAGUGUUUAUAGACCAUGUUGACGACCGACGACCGGCUUUAUUUCGGCAAUUAUGAGUUUAAGGACUCGCCGGAAUCAUGCAGUGACAAUUCAACUUAUUCCACAGAUUUUCUGGAUGUGAAGUCGGAUGAAGAUUUUCUGACGCAGUUGUCUAGUGAUUUGGAUAUACCACUUCUGCUAAAUCAGGGUGAAGAUGAAAUGAGAAUGUUUAAUUCAUUCUUUGAUAAGAGUCCAGAUGAAAUUUUAUCUGAUGUUGCAUCUAUUGCAUCUCCAGCCAGUUCAAAAGAGGAUGAAAUUAGUCAGGAAAUCAGUGAGUUACAGCAACUUGAUUUUUCACAAUGGGGACCUGAAGCUUUUCCCAAUUUACAAUCAGAAACAAAACUAAAGGAAGAAGUACAAAGUUCAUCAGACUCUGAGAAUUCAGUUUCUUCAGUUAAUUUAUUUAAUACAACAUUGGUACCGGAAGUUAAAGAAGAAAUCAUAAUAAAAAGUCCACCUGCAAGUCCAAAUUCCACAAUAAUAACAACUGUACCUGGUAAUAUUUUGUAUACACAACCAGUGGUAGUUCUACCACAAAACACAGUGAAUUCUAUAGCAAAAUUACCAUCAAAACAAGUUCCUAUUCAACCUAAAACACCAUACACCAGACCCCCAUGCAAAAACAAAGUUGUGGUAAUAAAAAAGGAACCUAACAUUGUUAAACCUCCCACACAAAAUGUAGUGGUAUUAGAAAAUAUUGGGCACAUACCAAUAAAUAAUGUGAAAACUAUUACUCCAGUCACAACUAUAAAUUCGGUGCCCAAUCAAAAAGUCCCUGUUGCUUCAAUGGUUUACACUAACAAUGGUUUAAAUAUGGGGAUUGAUCCAAAUAUUGAUCCAAAAAUAUUAAAAAGACAGCAGAGGAAAAUUAAAAACCGAGAAUCUGCAUGUCUGUCAAGAAAAAAGAAAAAGGACUACUUGACGUCUCUUGAGGAGAAGGUUAAGGAAUUGACUAAAGAAAAUCAAAAUCUACAUUUGGAAAACAAACAAUUGAAAGAAAGACUUCAGGAAUUUAUUACACUCCCAACACCAACCUUAAACAACAAACACUUCAAACAAAGUAUAGUAUUGUGCGUUUUCCUGUUUGUCGUUGGUAUAAACUUUGAUGCUUUAAGAACAACCUUUAACACAAAACGAGAUCUUGAUCUAAUUCCGAAGAGUCCAGGUUCCAGUUUAGACCAUCAUGGCAGAAAUCUUCUGUGGGCUCCAGAUGAGGAAGUAGUCAAUAACAAAACAAGUUCGAAUUAUUCGCCGUUUACAAUGUGCCCAGUGACCAUAAAUCAAACCGAAAGUGCACGCUUGGUGCUCGAACUUGAACGGUGGAUUGGUAAACCAAUCGAAAAGAAAGUUACUGAUACAACAGCAACAAUUACAAAGAAACAACGCGGCUCCAGAAGAAGAAGGUACAAGACCGCACCUCUGAUGGAGUACAAAAGCAAUAGGAUAGGGGAUUUGCCUAAGGAAGGCAGUAAUGAGCUGCAAGUUUUCCAACCGUCACCGGAACAAUUAUACUCCGAAUUUUUCGAAGCUAUAAAUCGUCAAUAUGACACUUUCUACGUCGUGUCUUUUAGCGACCAUCACAUGCUAUUGCCCGCCUUGCACCAUAACAAAACUCAGAGACCAAAGAUGUCUCUUAUAAUGCCUUCAAUGUUACCCAAUGGAUCAACUUCUUCACAGGGCCAGCUAAUGCCCUUAAUGCAGAUUGAUUGUGAAGUACUGGAUACCAGGCUGAUCCAUGUGAAGUACGGUUCUAUUCCUCGACAUCUCCGUACCCCAACAAAUGCAACAACUGCACCCAAACCCGAAAAUGUAAGCGACCCAGAUGCCAGUUCACCAACGAAAUACACAAAAAAGCCAUAUAAACCUUACUUCAUCAAGAAUUUAGUUAAAACGGGCAACGAUUUUUAUAAGGUCAAUUAAAAUGCAUUUUUCUUAACUCAUAGUCUGCACAGAUUAAGGGUUGGUUGCAUUAUGAAAUAAUUGUCACCUUCAGCUCAGUGCAAUUAAGUAUUAUUUUAAAAACCAAAUUUCCUUUUAAGGAAGCUAAAGUGUACAAAUAAUGUAUAAUGUAAGGACUUUAAAAUGUAGCUUUUUGAAACUUUUUAUUAACACUUACUUUCAUCAUAAAAUAUCUUUGAUGCCAAAAAUUAAUAUAUUUUUGUAUCACCUGGAUGAAAACUUGCAUUUUAAUUUUAGAUAUAGGGUGAAGGUUUCUUCGUUUUACCGAGUUUAAUUAAUUGACAUAUUUUGAAUAAUGUAAUUAGUUUACAAUUUGGUGUUUAAAUAUAGUUUUUAACACAUAUUAAAACACAUCUGCAGUUUUUAAUGCACAGUGUUUAAAAUUAUGACACAUGCAAUUUCAGAUAAAAAAUUUAUAUAUAUUUUUAUUAUUUAUGUAAUAGUUUUUCAAAAUUUGAGCUAUGCAAUAAUAAUACCAGUGAAAUUUAGUUUUAGUUUAUUUACUAUCAGAAAAGGUAAAAUAUAAAUAAUAACGUGUGUACUGUUUUUGUGAUAUGAAUUUAUAAAGAAACCAGCUUUAUUAAUAUUUAAUAAAGCUUUUUGUUGAUUGAAGUUAGUUAUAUAAUUGUAUUUUUCUGUGAUCAAUAAAUUUUUAUCCAAU